CAGUGCUGGCGUUGACGCGCCGCUCGUCGGGUGCUGCUCAUCACCCGCCAUGGUACAUACAUUGGCCGUGGUGACGAUGACGAUGGUGCUGCACACGACGCUGGCUCAACAUGACCGUCUGCAGCUGCCGACGCCGGCCUGCACGUGAGGCAUGAGAUUUUCCUGCCUUCGCCGCCAUGCCACCAUGCCGCCCGCAACAAUAAGCUGCGCCCACUUGGCCGUGUCCGUGUCCGUGUCCGUGGCAGCGACAGCGACAGCAACAGCAACAGCAAUAACAACGACAGUGACAGCUAUAGCUAGGCACACGUUGCCUGGCACUGGCAUAACGGUCCAGAUCCAUGCCAUGACAUCGACUAGAGGGCGCCGCCGCCGCCCGUUGGUAAAGAGGAGCCUGCGUUGCGUGGCCGCUCUGUCGACACGACCGUUUGAUGCCAGGACCCUCGUGCUGUUAGGCCCAAGUACUCGCGGCCUAAAAGUACUCUACCCAUGCCCUACCAUGCUGAUGCCAAUGCUGCUGCUGCUGUUGCUGCGAGCCGGCGAGGGGAAAAUCCCUACAGCCACCCACUCCGCCCAUGCCAUGCCAUCCAGGGCCCCCGCUGCUUUAGCGAGCCUAUCUCAACACGACCAAGGCUUUUUUGACGCUGCCGACUUGUCAAUUUCAUGCAGCACCAGCACCCACGGCCCUGCCUGCUCCGGUGCCCGCCAACCACAGCCGACGAGAAGAAAAAAAGGGGACAAAGGAAAGGAAAAAAUGUUUGCUGGCCGUCACAGCCACAGCAAGCACGGCGGGUGCAGGGGCUUUGGUUGGCCUUGGGCGCCCGUCCGAGUCCAGAUGGAUGAGAACAAGCACAAGAGAACAGCGGGCGCACCAACAAGACGACGACAUCACAUCGCAUCGUGCUGCAUCGCCAAUCGCUUCGCAGCCAUCCAUGUCGGCCGCCGUCGCCUGUUCUCCUGCCUCGUCAUGGCUCUCAGACGCCCCGGCGCCGCCCUCGUGGUGCAGCUCCACUCCAUGGCCAGCUGA